AUGAUUGAAAAGGAUUUGAGUUUAAAAAAAAAUAAUAAUUUAAACAGUGGUAACAAUAAUUUGGAAACCAAAAUUAGUGCUUUAGAAAACAAAUUAAGGGAAAUGACCAAUGUCGUUGAAGCAAGUAAUAAGUUGGUAAUGGAAAACGAAUUAGUUAUAUCCAAAUUUGAGUCAGAUAAUUUGAUCAAAGAGAAUAGAAUAAAAGAUUAUGCCAUGCAAAACAACAAGUUGGAAGAAGAGAUUGAAGCACGAGAUGUAGAAAUCAAAAACUUGGAGAAUAUUAUUAAGAUGGAAAAAACUAGCAAGUCGCUUGAAGAAGCAGAAAAAAAUGAGUUGAAAAACAUGAAAAUAGUAUUAAAUAAUGAGUAUGCAAGCAUGAAAGCAGUUAAUGAGUCGUUACAAAAACAAAUAAAUUCCCUCUGUGAAGGGUUUGGUGCAGCCCACAAACAAAUGCAAAAUGAGUUGAUUCAAUUGAAAAACACUGCAACCAUAUCGAAAAACAGCCAUAACAAGUUGGCAGAAAGCAUUGUGAGCUUAUUGAGCGAAGCGUUGGAUGAAGAAUCAAUAUCUGCAUGCAAAACCAGUCUUGAUAUGUUAAAGCAGAACAAAAUCUACGGAAAUGAAGACAUUGGAAAAAUAGAAAACAUCAGUGGUUAUGUCCUAAAGGCCAUCAAGGUGAUGAUCGAAGACUACUUUAACAGCAGCAAAAGAAGCCAGGUGUACGAAGAAGAGGCCAUGAGAAUCCAGGGCUUGUAUGAGCAAAAGGUAGUGGAGUACGAUAUGUUGAAGAAGGACCUGGAAAACUGCCAUUUAACCACAACCACCAGAUUCAACAACCGCAAAAACUUGGACAAGAAGAGCAGACAGCUCGGUUACUCCAAGCCGGUGUCUGUCUACAGCUCGAGCUCAAGCCGGUCGUCGAGGUGCCAGAAGAAACUGCUAGGCCUGUGCUGA